AUGAAACUUACUGUAUUCUGGACCGCCUUUUUGUCUUUUUUGACUACUUUUAUCGUCACAGCAUCAGCAGCGCCAGUUGCCGACUCUGCAAAUGACGGCUCUGUCAAUAUUCCAGCGGAAAGUAUUAUCGGUUUUUUGGAUCUUUCUGACAGCAAAGACGCCACAUUGGUUCCUGUGUCUAAUGGUACACACAGUGGGUUCCUUUUCCUGAACUCGACUAUCCUUAGCCAAGCUUCUACUGAGUCACUCAAGAAGAGAUCCGCUCAACCUUGGAGAUGGCUCUCUCUGCGUGCAGGCGAAGCUCUUCAUAAGAGGGAAGCGGAUGCAGAGGCUGAUCCAUGGCAAUGGCUGUCUCUUCGCGCUGGCGAGGCUCUGCACAAAAGGGAAGCCGAGGCAGCGCCUUGGAGUUGGUUGUCACUUCGUGCUGGAGAAGCUCUGCACAAGAGGAACGCCAAUGCCGAAGCCGAGGCAGCACCUUGGAGAUGGUUAUCACUUCGUGCUGGUGAAGCCCUUCACAAGAGAGAAGCAGACGCAGCGCCUUGGAGAUGGCUAUCACUUCGUGCUGGAGAGGCCCUUCACUAA